AUGCUGACUGCCGCUGAAAAACAAGCUAUUGAGCAAGAAUUGGACGCCCUCUUCGAGGAUUACUGCUUUACAACUCCAACGAACAAAGAUGCCAAAACUGACAACAUUUCACCCGAAGAAACAACAGCCCAAGUCGCAGCCUUGGAGCCUCGGAAUAAUGGUAUCACAAAUGAGGUAUCGGCCAGACUUCUUCGGUUAGCACGUUUGACCCCGGAACUUGCUUCACACGCUAUAGAAUGUGAGCGCCAGCGCUUUCUGUGCGAAUACAGCCCCUGGAACCAAGCAGAGGCUCGAUUACGCUCUCUUCAACAUUCCAGUGGAAUGCCGCCAACUAGUGUUGCUCCGCCCCAGGAGCCUUCAACUAAGCGCGGAUGA